AUGGUGAAUGCUUAUGGGACCGAUGAUCCGAGUCGUGGGGUAUCUUACCUUUGUACACCAUCAUCCAUUUCUGAACCGGAUGAUUUUCUUACAUUGAACCUGAAGAAACGAAUUGAUGAACUAGAGGAUCUUAACAAGAGUUGUGUGGCUGUUGUGGUUGCUUCAAUUGUUUCUGUUGAAUCCGAAUUCCGGGUUCAGCUAAGGGUACUUAAUGAUAGUGGAAGUACAUCCUUCCUGUUAUUUGAUAAUGACGUUUACAAAUGUAUCCGAAAGACUGUGAUGCAUGUGAGGGAAAACAUGUUGAAGGUUGAAGGUGAUAGGCCUAAGGUGCCAAAGGAGUUGGAGAGAUUGGUUGGUCAAAAGUUCAUAUUCAAAAUUGAGGUCUCUGAAUACAAUAUUGACAAUAAUUGGCCGGUUUACACAGUUUUGCGGAUGAGUAGUAAAAUGUCAAUAAUCAAUGCUUUUGAGAGUAGCUCGUCAAUAAAUCAGGAUGUUGGCGCUGAUGUUGAUAUUUCUACUACAGAGAACACAAAUAUAACACCCAAAAGUUUAGCUGGGAAGGAUUCAAUAAAUUCGUGCACUGGAGAAGUUGAUGCACGCACCGUCCAAUUGUUGUCCACUGCAACUAGCCCUUUGAAAAGGACACUACAAUUUGAUGAGGAAGAUGCAAUUGUUCAGUCAUCUUCGACUAAAGCAAAGAUUGAAGUGAAGCUUGAAAAAUCUUAG